AUGUUUCCUCCUUAUGAUAAACUGUCUGAUCUGGAGUAUGCAGACGACAUUGUGCCGCUAAGUGAAGAUCCAGAAAAGCUGCAAAUUUUUGAGGAUAAUUUGAGUGACAUUGUAGCCGAUUUCGGUACGUGUCCUGAACCUUCUAAGUGUAAAAUUUUGAAACAGAACUGA